AUGGCUCAAAUAGUAUUAAGCCGGUUGGUAAACUUGUCUGUUAGUAGGAAUUGUUUGCUGCGCACUUUCUGCACUCAGUCUGCUUCUCCAUUAACCAUCCGCAAACAAGAGGACGGAAUAAGGAGGAUCACUUUAAAUAACCCUAAAAAGCGGAAUGCCUUGUCUCUGGCAAUGAUAACCUCUCUGCAAGAGAACAUCCUGGCUGACAUAGAUGACAAGGAUCUGAGGGUCAUCAUCAUAUCAGCGGAGGGUCCUGUGUUUUCUUCAGGUCAUGACCUUAAGGAGCUAACCUCAGCACAAGGCAGAGACUAUCAUGCCAAUGUGUUCAAGGCUUGCUCAGAGGUCAUGUCCCUGAUUCAGGACAUUCCAGUCCCUGUGAUUGCCAUGGUGAAUGGCAUUGCCACAGCAGCAGGAUGCCAGUUAGUUGCUAGCUGUGAUAUUGCUGUGGCUACAGACAAGUCAACCUUCGCCACCCCUGGUGUAAAUAUUGGCCUAUUCUGCUCUACUCCAGGAGUGGCCAUCGGAAGAGCUGUGCCCAGAAAGGUUGCGAUGGAGAUGUUAUUCACAGGCAAGCCAAUCACAGCGCAGGAGGCUUUAUUACAUGGACUGGUGAGUAAAGUGGUGAGCGAGGACCGAUUAGAGGAGGAGACACUGGGCAUUGCUCGCCGAGUCUGUGAAUCCAGUCGUCCAGUGGUGGCUCUGGGAAAAGCAGCCUUCCAAAAACAGAUGGCACAAAGCCGAGAUACUGCAUACGCAACCGCCACCGCUGUCAUGGUGGACAACCUGGCGCUGAGUGAUGGGCAGGAGGGCAUCAAGGCUUUUAUAGAGAAACGCAGGCCUGUGUGGACUCACAGCAAUGACAUGGUACAUGACUAGAUUAGGAAAAUGCUAAAGUUUGGACACCCCAGUCAAAUGAGUUAACACUUUCUCUAAGGGAACUCAACUAUAGCCAUUUUAAUGCACAGUUACUGUUGCUAAAUUGAACAUAUUGAGAGUUAAAGCACAUUUAUAGUCUUCUCUUUAUUUUUUCUAUUAUGGUUAAUUCAGUAAAUAGAAAUUGUGCAAUGAAAUCUGCAAGAAAAUACCAUAUAUAAGUCCCUGUCAGUGAUUUAUGAAAUCCCUCACACUAUUGUCUUUACAGUAACCCAAUCACAACCUAAUUUAACAUUUAUGAAGGUUUUAUUGUCAAAACACCAAUCCCUACAUAGGGCAGUAUCGUUUUGUAUCUUAUUGUAUGUUGUAUAUUGUGCCAUACUUUUCAUACAGUUACCCUGCAUCUUACUAUGACUUUUCCCCCUCAGUUUAUCUCCUAUGUAAUGAUUAUUGAUAAUUGUAUUGAUGCAUCCACACCUACAUGUAUGAUAAGGUAUUGACAUGUUUAUUCAUUGUUUACUCAUAUGUUUUCUUUUGGUCUAAAAAAUAAUAUUACUUAAGCAUUAAACAGAAUAAAAAGGUCAGAGAAUCUGUGCAUUUAAACAUUGUUAAGCAUGUUAAGCUUGCUUGUAUGUACGACUUUGCAUAAGCAGAAAGUUUGAAAAGAUAACGUGGCUGACUUCUGAGUGAAAGCAUGUCAUGCUCAGGGAAAAUAAAAAUCAUUUUAAUCAAUUAAA